AUGUCUGACCUAGAGCUUGUAGAUCUGGAGGCUGGAGAGGGUCGAGGGAGGACUGCAACAUUAGCACCGCCGUCAAGCGCAAGCAAAAGACAGGAUACGAACGGCAACGCGUCUAACGAGAAGUCUGCUAGCAACAAGGACCCUCUCACUAUCUGCGAGGAGGCACGCUAUGAAUACACCUGUCAUGAAAAGAGCAAAGCCGAAAGUACGAACCUGCAAAAGAUCAAACAGGCCAUCGCGGCUUUCUUUGGACGUGCCCGCAAGGCGAGGCUGACACCUCCCAUGUAUCGAUAUCAUGAGGAUAUUGCCGUCAAGGAGCUGGAAGGGAAGUUGUUCAAGAUUCUAGCCAACGAAUGUAUGGAACAGCGAUACGAUGACAACGUCGACGCCAGGUUUGGAUUCGUUAACUUCCUAUCGUUUGGGAGACUACACCAUAUGAAUCUGCACUAUUUCGAAGUUGAGCUGGCAUGCGAACUUGCCGAUAUCGUAAAGAAGAAGGAUACAGAUAGAGACCAGCUGCUGCGGAUCAGGACCAAGCUACGAGGAUACAGCGCAGCUAUUGAAGACUACAAGCGCGUGCUGAAACACUGGCAGCAGCCUUUCCGAGGGGAGCUCACAGCCUACCACAAGCACAUCCUUCCUCAAGACUUUAGGGACCUCAUCAAAGACAAUCACCGCUGUAGCUGGGAUAAUGCCUACAUUCCACUUAGAUCGAAUAACCCAUGGGCGGCCAACCUCUUCGGCAGAGUCAUGGCAGCAAUCUUCGGGGGAGUGGCGCUCAUCGCACCCGUGCUUGUCAUGACCGUACCUGAUGCUCCCGUCAAGCAGUUGGUCACUACCUCUAUCGCAGUUGUGAUAGCUGCAAUUGGGCUCGCGUUGGUGUCGCAGGGUUCAUGGCGAGACAUUCUAGGCAUUACGGCUGCGUAUGCGGCUGUUCUCGUUGUUUUUGUUGGGACUGGCACAUCGCGACUGACCAGCAGGGUGGGUGAGCAACUCGGAGAACAUGGUUAG